AGGCUUAUCCUAUCGUUUGUUUAGCUUCAUUCAUUUCUUUUUCACUUAAAUAUCCGAUUCACUAACUAACACGUUGCCCGCUUUUUUUCCUUCUUAAUUCUAAUUGUCUUUUCUUUUUUGCGGCUGCAACUUCAGCUCAAACUACCAUUACCUCAAACUCCAGUUAAAUUUGUUGGAAGAAAUAAUACUUAGUGAACUGAAGAUCUUCAAAAGGUUGUCUGGUAUAGUGGAAUUGCUAGCUUUGGCUGAUUUGAGAUAUGGGAUUUUGUAUCUAAGUUGAGUCUGUGAUAUUUUGUAAAAAAGGAAGAAAAAUAGAAUGGCAUUGGUUGCUCGAUCGAUAUGCUUAUCGUACGAUGAAAAUGGUGGUUUGUACAACAAUAAUUCACACCUGAGUUUUAAGAAAUGGAUGCAAUUGAGGAACCCCUUUAUUUGCCUAGAUGAUGUUAGGAUGAAAGUAAGUUUCAAUUGGAGAAAUUUGUCAUGUAAUAGAUUAAUUGGAGCUUCUAGGAAAUCCCAUCAUUCCAAGUUAGCAAAAUCAGGUCUUAUUUCAUGUAGGUGGGAGGUGAAUUCAUCAAAGAUUAAUUCCAAUGACAUCAUUCCUAAGAAGUGGAACUUGUUUAAAUUAAAGGUGGUUGAAGUAACAGCAACAGUGGCUUGCACAUUUUUGGUUGUGUCUUCGGCACAAGCAGUUGAUGCUCUUAAAACUUGUACAUGUUUACUCAAGGAAUGCAGAAUUGAGCUUGCCAAGUGCAUUGCAAAUCCUUCAUGUGCAGCCAACAUUGCUUGCCUGCAGUCCUGCAAUAAUAGGCCUGAUGAAACUGAGUGCCAAAUCAAAUGUGGGGACUUGUUCGAGAACAAGGUGGUUGAUGAGUUCAAUGAGUGUGCAGUCUCCCGAAAGAAAUGUGUUCCCCGGAAGUCUGAUGUUGGGGAAUUUCCUGUUCCUGAUCCUGGUGCACUUGUUCAGAGGUUCAACAUGGCAGAUUUCAAUGGAAAGUGGUAUAUAACUAGUGGUCUAAAUCCCACUUUUGACACCUUUGAUUGCCAAUUACAUGAGUUCCAUGUCGAAGAUGGGAAGCUUGUUGGGAACUUAACUUGGAGAAUUAAAACACCAGACACUGGAUUUUUUACUCGUUCUGCCAUGCAGAAAUUUGUGCAAGAUCCCUUGCAACCUGGGAUACUUUAUAAUCACGACAAUGAAUAUCUUCAUUAUCAAGAUGACUGGUACAUUCUAUCUUCUAAGAUAGAAAAUCAACCCGAUGAUUACAUUUUCGUGUAUUACAGAGGCAGAAAUGACGCAUGGGAUGGUUAUGGUGGUGCUGUUAUAUAUACUAGAAGUGCAACUUUACCUGAGACUAUUGUGCCUGAACUCGAGAAAGCAGCUCGAAGUGUAGGACGAGACUUCAGUACAUUUAUUCGGACAGAUAAUACUUGUGGACCUGAGCCUCCACUGGUUGAGAGACUGGAGAAGACGGUGGAGGAAGGUGAAAAAACUAUUAUUAGGGAAGUGGAGCAGUUAGAAGAAGAGGUGGAGAAGGUUGGGAAAACAGAGAUGACAUUAUUUCAGAGGUUAGCUGAGGGUUUUAAAGAGUUCCAAAAAGACGAGCAAUACUUCCUCAAAGAACUUAGCAAGGAGGAGAUGGAAUUACUGAAUGAUCUGAAAAUGGAGGCUAGCGAGGUGGAGCAGCUCUUUGGACGAGCAUUGCCGAUAAGGAAGCUUAGGUAGUGUUUCAGGCAAAGAAAUUCCGACGACGAGGAAGAAGGAUCUGGUUCAAACAAUAAAAUUCAAAGGAAAAAAAUAUUGGGUGAAAAAAACCCAAAAAAUUGUAAUGAAAAAAGACAGAGUUGUUUUCUCUCUCUGUUAUUUUGUUGGAAAUUUUUAGGGAAAUGAUUCUGAGAGAAAUCAGGAAGAUAUUGGUGGACUAUGGUUAAGACAUGGAUGCAUGUCUUUUUGGUCAUUGUUUAUGUAGAUAGUGUAAUAACAUAAUUCAGACGUAUCAAACCGUUGAAUUUAAAUUUCUGUUAUCCUUAAUUAAUCCCUCCCACUAUUUUCC